AUGUGGCUCUUAUUUCUAAUGGCUUUUGCAGUCCAAGGCAUUUUGUCUUCUGGAGGAACAAUACCCAAAAGAGGCAAUCCUGAAGCAUACAUGAACAUUAGUGAGAUCGUUCGCCAUAAAGGAUACCAAGUUGAAGAAUAUGAAGUAGUAACUUCUGAUGGUUACAUCCUCACUCUAAACAGAAUUCCUUAUGACAGAAAUCAACAUUGCAACCUAACACGAAAACCAGCUGUGCUUUUGCAGCAUGGCUUUGCUGUAGAAGGAAGGAUCUGGGUUGCAAACAUGCCCCAUCAAAGUCUUGGAUUCAUGUUAGCAGAUGCAGGUUAUGAUGUCUGGAUAGGGAACAACAGAGGCAACUCCUGGUCUCGAAAACACCAAUACCUUUCAACCAAGCAACAGCAAUAUCAUGCUUUCAGUUUUGAUGAAAUGGCCAGAUAUGACCUUCCAGCAAUGAUUUCUUUUAUUGUGGAAAAAACCAGAAAUUCCAAGAUACAUUUAGUGGGCUAUUCCCAAGGUGCCACUCAAAGUUUGAUUGCACUUUCAUCCAUGCCACAUGUGGCUGAAAAGAUAAGAAUGUUCCAUGCCUUGGCUCCAGCAACCACACUUAAGAAUUGCCAAAGCCCAGUAGCAAAAUUGCUGCUCCUGUCAGAUGAUGUAAUAAAGGUAUUUGGUAUAUAA